GCUCUACAGCAUUAUAAUCCAAUAUGACCGCCGACAUUAAAUCUCCUUGCUUGCAUGAUUCCAUGGAUAAGCUCUGGUUCUACCAAAAUAUCGUCUGCAUCGAACCUGAUGUUGUUAGUCUUCGAUCGAUGCUAACAAGGCCCAAAAACAUCAAUACAUCAUCAUCUGAUGAGAAUACAAACAGGCAAUCAAAUUACAAGGACAGAAGACCAGCAGGUUUGAAGAUAGUCAAAAGCAAGCCCCUCUUCCAACUACAGUCAACACCCAAGAGCACGAGAAAGCAAAGGAUGAAGAGCUACAAGAGCUUGUCUGAGCUUGAGAACUACGAGCUCAAAGGCUUCAUGGAUCUCGGUUUUACAUUUCCAAGAGAUGAACUAAGUGCUAAGAUAAUGAGAAUUUUACCGGGGCUUCAGAGAUUUGAAAAGAAAGAUGGAGAACAUGGGGAUAACAGACAAGUGACAAGGCCAUAUCUCUCUGAAUCUUGGCUUGUGAAUAAUCAGUUGCUGAAUCUUAAAGCGUUGCAGGGAUCUACUAGUGCUGAUGACAUGAAGAAGCAUCUCAAGUACUGGGCUCACCUAGUUGCCAUGUUGGUCCAUGAAGAAGAAGCUUUAGAAACAAAAUCUCUGCGAGGGCCUUUCUCUGUUUAAAUAAAACAAAGUAAGCGCAGCAGAAAUAAGAAAUAAAAUCUGUUAAUAUUACUGUAGAAUGACUUCAAGUUUUAAUUUGGUCAUCAACAGGAAGGAGUCAUAGCCUCC